AUGAAGGAGGUUCCCUAUAAUGGUACUGACAAGUUUGUGAGGGAGGAUGUUACAGUAACUGUUACAUGUAAACCAAAGACAUUUUAUCCCAGCUCUGCCACAAACUGGUUCAAUGACCUCUAUUUGUUUCCUGAGGAACAUGAAUUAGAACUUGAUACUGACCCUGUACCAGACAAUCAAGACCCUUCACCAGACCAUCAAGAACCAACACCGCCAGGCCAUAAAGACACUACACUAGACCAUCAAUACUCCAGUGAGCAUCACAAGAUUUCAUUUAAGAGGGAGCAACUGACAAGCUUGCUGGUGGUCAGGGACUCCCUGUUUCAGUUUGAAAUGAUGAAUUUGAAGAAUGACUACAUGCAAUGUGUGGAAGGAGGUGACCACUAUGAACGGGAGUUUCUGUGAAUUAAUGUCCUGCUGGAUUGUAUAGAAAUAGCUUUGCCAUUACUUCAGGAUUGCGCUGUCCAGACUUUCAGGAUAUCAGAGCUGAAUGAUGUAGUUCUGUCCUUGUAUAGACUGAAGGGUAAGUCCAUUCGUUAAAAAUAUCAGAUCUCAAAGCUGUAUCAUGAAAUUGUAAUUUUGUGAUCAUAAAUUUUGUUCAGACCAGCCUGCAUUGCUGCAAGCAAGUUAAUGUAUCGAAUAAAAUGUAUUUGACUAGCAAGUUGAUGUAUUGCAAAUAAUAGAUGAAAUAUGUUUACUUGCUUGUGACAAAUAAUGUAUUAGUUUAUAAGCAUUAGUGGAUCAGGAAUGACAUUUUCAAGAUAAAACAUGUUUAUAUAGUAUGUGUAUUAACUCUCUUGCAGCAGUCUCCAGAAAAAUGCAAUUUUGUUUAUAAUAUUUGUCAUCAUAAAACACAAUGAAGAUAUACUCAGAGAAACAUCUUGAUAUUCAAGUCGUUUUUUAAAUCUAGACCUUUUUCAAAAUGAGUGAAUAUAUUUAUUAUCCUUACAAGUUGUAGGUGUAUAAAUGGUUGAAAUUUGCAUUAGAACAGUAGAACAAACAAAGCAAGUUCCUGGGUUGAUGAUCUUUAUGAAAAGUGAUUCUAGAAAACAAAGUUCCUAAUAAUUAGAGUUCACAGAUAUCAUUGUUGUUUAUGCUUUCCCCUUUCUGUCAGCAAAUAAGUAGAAAAACAGUGCUGCAUAGCCUGAAGCUUGUUUACUGGACCUAAUUUCAGUAAACCAAACACAUACAAGUUUGGAGUAAAAUGGCUAUGAACAAAGAACCAUAGCCGCUUUAAUUAAAUCCCAAUUUUCAUUUAAGAAUAAAAUUUACUACAGAUAACUUUCUCAUGGCCCAGUAAAGGUGAGGGCCCCAAAAAAUACGCCAAAAGCAUCAAAGUUUUGCAAAUGAAGAUGCUCGCCCCACCCAAAGGAAAUGCGGCAUGGAUACUUAAUUAGACAAGCCUACAAAAAAUAGCAGGAAACUGCUGCCCUUACAACCUGAUUGGGCGAUUAUACCACAGUAUCCAAUAACUAAGAGCUGAUUUUAACUGCUGCCCUUGCAAAACAGUUAAUCAACAAGACAAGACUAGUAUAACACAUUAAUCUGAAAAAAGGAAAAUAAUGGUUAUGUAUUAAUUUCCGCUACACGACACCGAAAAACUGCAGCCCCUGCAUGUCAGUUUAUCGAUCUGGAGUUAUACCAAUUGCGACUUACCUUUCAUAGAAUACAGUAAAAAAUUGUCAUUAAAGAUAGUGUUGAACCCAUUUGAUAUAAGAAACCAUAUAACACAACACCAAAUCAAUGAUAACUGCUGCCCUUGCAAGUCAGUCAAUCGACCUGAAGUUAUGGCAAUGGUAACCUCCCCGUUUCAAAAACUGCAAUGAAAAAAUUUACCAUAAAAGAAAAACUGAGUAGAAACCAAAUUGCCAAUGUCAAAAUUAAUUUAGUUUAGAUAAGAAACUAAACAAAACAACUCUGAGCCAAUGAAACUGCUGCCCUUGCAAGUCAGCCAAUCAACCCGGAGUUAUGUCAGCAGUAACUUCCCCUGCAAGAAACUGCCAUGAAAAAUAAGCAUUAAACUAAACUAAGAUGAUAUUGAGGGGAUUCGAAUAUAUUUUUGGAAUGCAUUUGACUUCCAUCGUCCCAAAGCAGACAUACCCGCAUCCGCAGCAUGAGAAGCAGCACCUAUACGGAAACUAUGACCCUUAUAUCGAGAAGGAUCAAGACCACAAUACUUAAUGGCCAUGGAAAGCUUUUCUGUAAAGGCGGCUCUAGAAACUGGAGAACCAUCACCCAAAAUAAAAAGAGGCCCGGGGCUGUACCCUCUGCGAGAGAGAUAAUCUAAGAGAACUUGUACCGGGCAAAAAUGGCUUUGACGACCUAUCACUAAAGAAAAGGGGCGUUGGUUAUAGUUAUGUUUGAAGUCUAAAAAGGUGCACUUAAGUGCCACCACCUUCUGAUUCUCAUCCACCAACUGUGUAAGUUGGCAAAUUUGAAAAGGAGACCCUCCACCUUUGGAAGGGGUCGGGGUGAUUUCGCCAACCCUCAUACAACCAAAAAAUGCAAGUGAGCACAUGGCUUGAAAUAGAACAAUAUCAUAUUGCGAAUGACAAAAGUGAACAGCCGAUGCCAAUAUUCUAAGUAGGAUAGGUAAUAUGAUAGGCAACCGACUGUCCAAACGAAAACCAAGCUUUCCAUAACCUCUAAGCAUCUGCAUGACAAAAAAGACCUUAGUGCGAUCAUCAAUCCCUGACAAUUUGUGGCAAUAGCCCAAAGCCGAGACAUAUGUAUUAACAGUGGAAGGAGCAUAAUUGUGGUUAUACAUGUAAGCAAUAAAUAGUGCUAAAACAGGGGGUGAAAUGGGAAGAGUAGCAGAAUUCCCAGGCAGGGUGACAUGCAAAAAUUGACAAAAAAGCCUCCAAGCACGCCGAUAAGUUGGAAGUGACGAAGGCUGAAGGCUGGACUGUAGUAGGGUAGUUAUUAUAGGUGCCAAUUCUGUGGCUGCAGAUGCAGGGGAAUGUCUGUUGGACAAUGUUCCAUGUGAGCUGGGGCCAAUCGCUUGAAAUUCUCGACCUGUAAUCGAGACAGAGAAUCUGCUAGAGUGUUAUGAACACCCUUAACGUGUUUGGCCUUAAAAAGUAUAUUGUUUUGCAAACAAACCAGCACUAAUUUCCUCAUAAAAAACAUCAAUGCUUUAUCCCUGCAUGACUGUUUAUUAAUGGCAUGCACCAAGGCUUCAUUGUCAGUAAAAAACAGAAUACAAUGAUUUCGCAUUUCAUGUCCCCAAAGAUAUGUUCAAUGUUGAUUUUCCUUUUAUUGCUCUCAAGGCAUCAUCAGUGAAUCCAGCACAGCCUAUUCAUAUCAAUUUUAGAAGCUGAAAGAUAAUAAAAUUGAAAUGAUACAUUCAUACAAAAUCUUUUAAGUAUGUUCAUCUUGGUGAGACUUUUCUUUCUGUAUCCUAGACCCAAAGAUAUCCAGACAAGUGAUGCUGGCCCAGGUGUGUCAUCUCAUGAGAAGUUGGUUCAAAUUAGGAUGGCCGAGUAUUUCCAAGUUUUUAAUCUAGCUUUACAGGCUCGCAUUCAUUAUGCACCUAAUGACUCACGGUCACACUUUGCAGAACAGGUGAUGAGAAGCUUGAAUGAAGCAACAGGUGAUGGCCGUUCCAUCCCUGUCCCAAAAGUGCCUCUGUUUGGGGGCCUUAAUCAAGAUGAAGUUUUAUCACUUACUCAAGAUGAGUUUAAUGCCCUGGAAUCCAAGCGCCAAGAGGAAAUAUCCAAGCUGUGUGCCAAGGAAAUAGAAAGGCGGUAUAGAAGGAAGAGGUGCUUGGGAACCUCUAUACAUUCUCGGACUCCGAGCUAUUCUCAGUCUGCCAAUUUCUUCUUUGACAAUGUAUAUAUGAAUAAAGUACAUGAUUCCUCACAAGCUAAACAGAGCUCUUGUGCAGGUAGCACCUAUUACUUUAAGCAGCUGCAGUUUGUAAAAGACCAUUAUACUGUACAUGAUGGUGCUAUUGACGGAAUCUGUAAUGGAUGUUUUGAUGGGAAAAAGAUGUGUGAUGUUCAUCAGUCGACCCUUGGAUGCAACUGGAGAGGACCCCCAGUACACAGAGUGCCUGCACCUGUUCCAUGUUAUAAAGGAGACAGGUCUGGGUUUCAUUGUACAAACCCAGAUCUGUUUUCAGAUGCUCCAGAAAAGGAAAGAAAGAUUGAUGAGUUUUGCCCGAGGGCAAAAUUAAAAGAGGCUGUAAAAAAGGUUGGCCCUAUUCAAAUAAAGGAAAGGGAAGUAUGUGGAGAGGAUGGAAGUGUCAAGAAGUCGGUGUUUGAUGACAAUGAUACCCUCAACAAGCUUAUGGCUAAUGUAGAUGAAAUAGUAGAACGUUACACAGGGGAAGACCUCAGGAGGGCAGUGGAAACUGAAUUUUAAAAGGAAGUAUUCCUUGUUACUAAAGGCACAUUUUUCUAAAGGGUCACGUGCUGCCAAUAAAGCAGAUGAGCUUUCAAAAUCUGUUGAUGAAAUAGAUUGGAAGGAUGCUAUAGAGACAGGAAAAAUAGACAAAAUGUGUGUAAGCCAGCUCGAUCUUAACUUGGAGAAAGUUGCAGGAUUCCCGAACAAAGCCCUUCAUGCAAAAGGGUUUACAAAGUCAUCAAAGAUAUAUGAGAUUAAAAAACACUUUUACAGCAACCAAGGCACUGCAACACAACAACCUUCAUUACCACAUCCUGUAAAGACAACUCAAUCACCAACACCAUCAUCCCAGAGGACAGUUUUUCUGCCACCACCACCACUACCAGGACUGAUGAUUAUUCCUUGGGUAGGUCAUACCGUUUCUAAUGGAAAUGCUCUGCAACUUAUUAACACAUGCCCCAUAGACAACUGCCUAAUGAUCUUGCAUGCAUUGACCACUGAGUCUGCUAAGAUAAGAUCAUAUUUAGACAAUAACAAUGACCUUAUAUGCCAGAUUCUAUGCAGAUCAUUGGAAUUAAUCAGAAGAGGAGAAUUUGCUGAAACAAAACUUGAGGGGAUAAAAAUGGGCUGUCCUAUCCAAGUUGGUGCAAAUGGUAUACUUGACUUCUGGGGAAAUGAAGAAACUAAGUUCACAGAGUACCUAAUACCCCUCAUGAGAUCAAAUGUUACUUCAAGUUGCUCAUCCACAUCCUGUCCUCAGCUAGGAGUUUCUAUAAGGUGGGCGAACACUUUGGCUCUCAGGUAUUUAUGACCCAAACCAGGCCCUAUUUAAGGUUCAGUAUGCAACAUAGUGGUUGCUAAAAAAGCCUAAUUGUUUGAAAGUGAAGUAAACAUUCUCCAAUUUUUAAUGUUUUUGCCUUAUUAAAGGAUCUGGAAAUCAAGUCACUCAUUUUUUAUUCAAAUUUAUUUCUUGAUGAAACUACAAUGCAUAGCAAAGGCAAAAGGUGAGCGGUCAUGAUGCUAAAUCAUCUAACUAAUAAAGAGCAUGCAUGUGUAAUGUAUAUAAUUACUUGUCCUGAGCCAUUUUUUUAUACUGCUCUGUUUUUAACUUGCAGAAUUACAGUCUUCCAGGACUUACAUUGUUGGAGUCUAUGUUGCAAACAUGGGUAAUGUGUGCAAAGCAGACUAGGUGCAGCAGACGGUUCCCUUCCCAUUGUAUUCCCAAUGGUGCAACAUUUUAUUAUGGAACAACAAGAGUGCCUAAUGGAAGAGGGGGUUACAUGUAA